UCUGCAGUGUGUUGGUUCCCUCAUCCCAGCACACAGCUCUGGCCAACCUGGUGCACAGGCUCAGGUUCUGCUGCUGUGUCUUAACCAGUUCUUAGUGCUACCGAAAGGCAGCGGCAGCCAGUGCUGCAUAAAGAGACUGCAGAAAACUCUCCGGAAAGGAGCUGCAGCCACUGCCUCUGGGUGCUGGGAGUGUGAGCACAGAGGAGUUGCUCAUUAAGCUUCGCUUCACUUCUUUUAUUUCCAAAUUUGAAAGUGAGAAAGUGUGCAAAAUGCGAGUUCUGGAGCUGGUGCUGCUGAAUGAGGACAGAGAUGCUGGCAGCAGCUACAUGAGGAGUUUGGGUUAAAGCUGCCAAAGUCGCUGGGUUUGUGGUCGCUUCGUCGUGCGUCUGGAGCUGGUGGGUUGAAGAGGUGGUGGCAAGCAGUAGCAGAGUGGAUCUGGGCUACUGAUGGAGCUCUUGGUUGAACACUGCGUAGGAUGGUCAGAAAUAAAGCGAAAAUCUGUGGCUCUAUCAGCAUCCAAGGGAGUCAUCGUUUUCAGGGGUACAAGUUUGGGUUUUAAUAGUCUUGCUACCAAGCUAUAAUUGAUGGAUUGCUCAACUGUUCUGAAGCAGUUCUCUUAGCGGUGAAUCAUGCUGCUUGCAGUAAAGCUACAAGUUCAGUUAUUUAUGUAUUGUUUCCUGUUUAAGUGCAGCUUUUAACUGAUCAUAUCUAAUCUGGAGUUCCAAACUAAUGCCUCUCAUCUCUCUCCCCAACCACAGAUGAAGCAGAAGUGAUAAAGAAGAAUCUGCGAACGAUGACAACUGUGUUUCUUGCUAAGGCUGUGUUCCUCUCGCAUGUUACAUCAAUUCCCAGCAUCCCCCUACAUAGGCAGAAGUUUAAUCAGCUUCACACACUGAAGGACAGUUCUCCAUGUGUUGAACUUUGGGUUUUGUUCUUUGGCUGGUGUUAAAAUGUUGUAUGGUUGCUGGAAUGGUGUAAGCAAAAGCAGUCUGGUGAUGUCCCCAGUCUGAAUGUUAGGGUAGAUGCCCGUGUGAAGCUGUGGGUCACCAACAGCUUCUAUUAAAUGGAAGUAGAGCAGUUAACCUUCAGUCCGGGCCUCAGAGCAGCCUGCAGACCCAAAAUCCAGUUGUGUUUUGAGAGGAUAGGGAGCACUUGUGCUGCAUUUCGUGUGUUUUGCCAGGGAAAGUGCACAGCUGUGUGUCUGAGUGAUGUUGAAGUCAGCUUGAGAAACUGCUGCAGUGGGGUUUUGAGAAGUUGAAGACUGAAAACAGAAGUGAGAACUUGCAGCAUCCUGCUUGGGAUGAGCAACAGGCGACAGGCCUGUUCAUUCCUUGUCGGUGCUGUGAAUGAAGCUGGCUGUGCAUCUGCACAUGGGGAGAUGCAAUGGUUCAGUCCUUUCCUGCACCUUCUCUCCAUCAACAUGAGGUGAAAACUAAUUUUUCUCUCUGUCUCCCAUUUUAAAUCUUUGAAGUCAGUACUCUUUUAUUUUUCUCCUGUUGUUCCAGGCUGGUUUGUAACUUCUUCAGCCAAUGUCUGUUUGGUUUUUGUGAUGAAGGAAAAGAAGCCAUUCAGGUCUAUGAAACACUGCUGCUCUUUACAUUUCAUGCUUAUAGUUCUGAUGUUACUGUGGUAUUUCUGAGCCAUCUCUCUCCCCUGUGCUGCCGUCAUUUCUGAAGGGAGAGCUUUUGGCUUGCAUUUGAGCAAGGAAAUGGUGGUACUGCAGAGCUGUGACUGCACCAGAAAACCACAAGAAGUGACAGAGCUCAAAAGGGCUGCACUGCGUAAGCUUACACUUGUCAUGGGCUGAGCAUCCCAGUGCUCUUCUAAGGAUGGCACUAAAGUCUAUGAAGUCCUUCCCCUGACCAAUUCUGUAUCUUGGAAUAGGAGCAGCAGAUCACGCCGUUAAUUUGUGAGUACUCACUGAGACUUGCACAACCUUGUAUAGAACAUAGGUACUUCAGAAGUGAUUGAAGUGAGCAGUAAAGACCUCAUUGUCUUUCAGUACAAAUCAAUCUGAGUGCCAAACCUGUAAUGUCCAAGGAUCCCUUGGGGUACAUGCAGCCCGUGCUGCUGCUCUCCGGGCAGUGGGCAGCUGCCUAGAAGGCUGAGGGGUGUGGGGGGAGUGGAUGCUUGGAGGAAACACGUGUUGUGCAGGGGAAUAGGGCUCUGCUGUGGGGUGUGCAGAGGUGGGAGGAGGGCUGGAGAGCUGCUCUCCUCAUUGUGCUUCUUCUGCACAUUGGUUCAUGGAAGGCAAUAUGAGGAGCGAGGUAGACUUGCUGGCUGCUGUCACUGUUCUGGGAGUCCUGGAGCAAGCCUACUUUGCACUGCAGGUGAUCUACGCCCGGAGGAAGUACAAGAUCUCUCCCCCGGAGACAACGGGUCACCCCGAGUUUGAGCGGAUCUUCAGAGCUCAGGCGAACUGCUCUGAGUACUUCCCCAUCUUCCUCUCUCUCCUCUGGGUUGCUGGGAUCUUCUUCCAUCAAGGUGUGGCUGCAGCCUGCGGAGUGCUGUACCUCCAUGCACGCUUCCGCUACUUCCGGGGCUACAUGCAGGCUGCGCAGGGACGGUUGGGGCCGCUGUAUGCCAGCGCCCGGCUGCUAUGGCUGCUGCUGGGGCUGGCGGUGGCCGGGCUGCUGGCACACUUCCUGCCGCCCCCGUCCUGCCCAUGGAUGCUGAUGUGGCCCCUCAAGCUGCUCCGUGCCCACUGAGCGAGGCCAUGGCUGCCUGGAGCGCUCGGCUCAGCCCUGGUGUGACGGUCAGCCUCCUGUCCCACUGCCCACCUCAUUCCUGUUGGAGCGUCACACAGCGGAGAUGCAAGAAAUAAAUGCCUGUUCUCAAUAGGUAUCAUCUCUCAUUGCCAAAGGGGACUGCGGAGACGGGGAGAAUGUCACAGGCUGAUGGAUCCCAUGGGAAAAGCUGCUGUGAUCAAAACUUGGAAGUGUCUAAGACCUUACCCAAACUGAGGGGAGGGGUGUCCAAAUCGUAACGGCUGUGCUCAUCUCUGUCUUUAAUCACAAAAUCAUUAAGGGUGGAAAAGACCCCCUAAGACCCCCCAGUCUAACCCCAGCUCCCCCCCACCAUGCCCAUAACCACGUCCUGCAGUGCCACAUCUCCACGGUUCUCAAACACCCCCAGGGAUGGUGACCCCCCCAACCUCCCCGUGCAGCAGUGACACGGCAUCACCACUCUGUCAGAGAAGAAAAGCUUCCUAUUAUCCAACCCGAACCUCCCCCGGUUCCUCCUCCACCUCAGCCCUGUCCUCCCCUCACCAGGACUCUGCCCAUCCACAAUUCGUAUCUCAGCUUCUCCCACAACCCCAGGUGCUGCUGAAGCCACUGUUGAGCAGAGAGCUCUUGCGAAUUCACAACACAUUUCCUAAGAACCAUUUCACAACUGCACUUAGGAGGUGCGGGCGCGUUCCUUGCUCCUAGCUGAGCAAAGAGCAGAUGAAAGCUUUUUUAUUCCCAGGGCAGGAAGCAGGGACGGCCCAGGCUGAAUGCCAGCCCACUCCCAGCGCCUCUCACAGCUGCACCAAAGGUUUAAAUUUUGCUUUUAUUACAGUGCACAUUAUUUUAUAUAUUUAUAUAUAGAGAUGUAGUUGAAAAAUCAAAU